AUGGCUGGAGAACAAGCAAAUAACGAUAAUUCUAGCGUUAACACCUUGCAAGCCGCCGUCGUAGAAAUACGCCGCUUACAGACCCAGAUUACGGCCAUUGAGGCCGAAAGAACACAUGAGAAAGAAAAGGCGAAAAUGAUUUCAGAGGAGGAGGAAGGAGAGAGCGUCAUGGACGUACAACCUUUGGCACAACACUUAUGGGAUACCCAAGUCUUGGAAGCAAUAAAGGUUCCUCACCUUCCUACUUUUGACGGAAAAACUGACCCUCGAGAGCAUUUGAUGGCAAUAGGAACACAAACUGCCAUAAUCAACGCUCCGGAGCAUCUAAAAUGUAAAUUACUAGCCGGUACCUUCAAGGAUGUAGCCUUACGUUGGUACAAGAACCUUCCAAGGAAUUCAAUAGGAUGUUAUGCUGAUUUUCACAAAAAGUUCAUUCACCAAUUCGCCGGAUCGAAACACGUGAAAGUUACAUCAACUAGCCUUUUUUCCAUUCGCCAAAACCACAGCGAAUCGUUACGCAGUUUUCUUGCCAGAUUUAGCGAGGCCACCAUUAAGGUCUCAAAUCCAAACCAGGAGAUGUUCGUGGCGGCCUUCCACAAUGGACUAAGGGCAGGACAUUUCAACGAAUCCUUAGCCCAAAAACCAGCCUCGUCAAUGCAGGAGGUAAACAAGAGAGCGGAGUGUUACAUAAAGGGCGAAGAGAGCAACGCCGAGAAAAGGCAAAGAGACGCCAAGGAGAAGGAAUAUGUGGGCCGUGCUACUAAAGCGCCAGAACACCAGCGACCAAAAACUGGAGGCCAUCAAGGAGACUCAUGGCAAAGGCGCCAUGGUAAGCCCUACCAUCAACCGUCAAGGAGAGAGUUCAGGAACCAUCCCGCCAAUGAAGAGUUUACGCCAUUAAAUACUUCAAAAGCUUACGUGCUAAACGAAAUUCUCGCCAGUGGUUUGGCAAACCUCCCCCCCAAAAGAACCAACGAUAUCCCCAUGGGGCUCGACGACAACGCUUGGUGCUCCUACCACAGAUGCAGAGGUCAUUCUACGGAAAAAUGUUUCCGCCUAAGAGAUUUGAUCAAAGAACUGAUAAAAAGCGGCCACCUCCGGAGGUUCAUUGAAGACGCAGCGCAAGGCCGAGUCGUCGUGCCCAAAAUCCCCAGGCAAGAGCCACGAAAUACUCCGGGGUCAAGUAAAGAACCUCCAAAAGAAAGGAUCUAUGUGAAUACAAUAGCGGGGGGAUUCUCAGGAGGAGGUGAGUCAAGCUCGGCAAGGAAAAGAUAUGUGCGCCGCGCAAUCUCAGAGAUAUACCUCGUAAGACAACCACAACCACUCGCCGUCCCGGAUUUGGCAUUCACUGCAAAAGAUGGACUGGAGGUAGCGCCUCAUGAUGAUGACCCACUGGUAAUACAAGUCCAAAUCCUGAACUGCGAUGUAAAGAGAGUACUGAUUGACUCAGGAAGCUCAGCAGAUAUUAUGUACUGGGAAGCCUUCAAGGCCAUGCAAUUAGCGGAGGAGCAAUUGCAGCCAUAUGCGGGAGCUUUAGUUGGGUUUUCCGGAGAGCAGGUAGACGUAAUGGGCUACGCCUCAUUACUCACUACCUUUGGAGAGAGGAGUAACGCCAAAACCAUCAAAGUGCGAUAUUUGGUAGUCAAAACUCCAUUUACCUCCUACAACAUUAUCAUAGGAAGACCUGCUUUCAACACCUUGGGUGCGGCCAUGUCCACCCUGUACCUGGCGAUUAAAUACCCUCUCGCUAACGGAGAAGUAGGAACAGUUAGAGGCGAUCAAAUACUCGCCAAAAAGUGCUACGAGUCCAGCCUAAAGAUAAGACAUAGAACCUCCAAUUCAAGUGGAGUAUCCGGAGGAAGACAGGCCACAGUUCCGGGUGGUAUAAACAUCAUUGAAAAUUCAGACAUGGAUCCAGAGAAGAAUUUCAAGACAGAAGGGUGA